AAAAAAUCAGUAAUGGUGGACUGAGAGAAGAGAGAGAAAUAAAAGAGGAAGAGGAGGCUUUGCUUGAAACACUCUAUCCCCACAAGAAACCUCCUUCCCAUCUCUUAGAAACUGCCAAUCUCAAAGCUACUGGAAUGACGUAGAACCGGUUUUGCAUCGAGUCUCUGUUUAAAAAUAAAAGUUGUUUCUUUCCAUCUCUCUCAAGAGUUGAGAAAGUUUGGAACUUUAUGGCGCUACAACAACAUGUUUGUGAUGAUGAUAGCCAGCUUCAAGCAAAGACCUUUUGCAGCAGCGACCUGAUGAUGAUGAUGAUCAAUUGGGACGACUUAGUCUGUCCCAUUUGUUUAGACUCCCCUCACAACGGCGUCCUCCUCCAGUGCUCCUCUCACGACAACGGAUGCCGUGCUUUCGUCUGCAACACUGACCACCUCCACUCCAACUGUCUGGACCGUUUCAUCACCGCCUGUGGAACAACAAACCCACCUCCACCUCCUUCUGAUGAGCCGCCUUGGUCAAAGUUCUUAGAAGAGAGCUGCAAACCUUUAUGUCCACUCUGCAGAGGAGAAGUCACCGGGUGGGUAGUUGUGGAAGAAGCUCGUGCCCUUCUCGAUGAGAAGCAACGUUGCUGCGAGGAAGAACGGUGCAGGUUCACGGGUACUUACUCCGAGCUCCGUGAACACGCACGGUCAGAGCAUCCGGACUCUCGUCCUUCCAAGAUUGAUCCCGCGAGGAAGCUUGACUGGGAGAAUUUCCAGCAGUCGUCUGAGAUCAUCGACGUGUUGAGCACGAUUCACUCGGAGGUUCCGAGAGGUGUGGUUUUAGGAGACUAUGUGAUUGAAUACGGAGAUGAUGAUGGCACGGGAGAUGAGUUUGAGGAUGUGGCUAGCAAUGAAGGAAGCUGGUGGACGUCUUGCAUCUUUUAUAAAAUGUUUGAUAAUAUAAGGAACGCGAGGAACAGAAGAAGAGCGAGGAUGAGUGAGAGUAGUAGGAGAGGGAGUCGUCGUUCUAGCUAUGAUAACUCCAACUCUGAUGACAGCUCAGUAGCGUCCAUGGAGUUUCCGGAGUAUAGAGUAGAUGAGAUCGAUGAUGAGUUCAUCACCACUGCAAGUGGGGGAAACAGAAGUAGCUCUGUGCAUCAAAGGUUAAGAAGCCAUCGUUCCCGUUUCUAUGAAAAUUAGGUACCAUUGGUGUGUUUCUACGCUCUUGGUUCUAUCUUCUUGUCAGUCAGCUUGAGAUUGAAGUGAGGCAAGUGAAGCAGACAAUGACGGAUGUUCUUGGUUUUAGACCUCUCUCUUUCCGUUGUUUCAGUUACAUGAUUUGAUUUUAGGUUUGUUUGUCUUGUGACAUUUACUUGCGGUCGCAUUCUUGUACAAAAACGUUAUCAGGAAAAAGGUUUUUUGGGAUAUUGUACUAUGUUUCGCUGCCUAUUACAGAAGGUGAUGAUAACGAAGGGCUGAGAAGAUGGAACACUAUGACAGUGCUGCCUUAGAGUAAAAACCGGGAGACUUCUGUCGCUACUCUUCCUCUGUUUCUUACAUAUGUAUAAUUUUCUCUGUUGUUCUUUAGCAAAAGUAGAGCGUUCUUGUGUUCGACACUCAUAUCUAGCUUCCUUUGUUUUUUGAUUCUUUAGUUUAGGAUCAAAAGAUUGUACAGUUUUUUUUGUUGUUAUAAAGUUUACAUUGCAACAAAAAAAAAUUA